AUGGCACCUAAACCAUUCCCUUUCCCUAUUAGCAUUGGGAUCGAUGUGUGUCGAGUCAACCGCAUCGCAGCUAUUCUACGUCACGAGCAGACGCGAAAUCGUUGGGCUCGAAAGAUCUUUACCCGUCUGGAGUGGCCAGCUCUAUGCAGAAGAUUGCAGCGCGUUGAGAAAGCGAUAGGAGAGCCAGUUGGACAAGCUGAUGCAGCGAUUGAUCCAAAGCUGGACAACGAGAAUCAGGCGAUCGACAGUAAUUACGACAACGCCAUUUGGAUGCUGCCCCGAUUAUCUGGAUAUUCAUCGACUUUUGAGGACGAACAUUCGUAUUGGUCGGCUAUUGCCGAUGAGAGGUCUGCUCUGGGAGGCUUGGCGCGCCAUCUUGCUGGAAGGUGGGCGGCAAAAGAAGCGGCGAUCAAAGCCCAUCGUCAUCGUCAGCUUUACAUGCAGAACAUUUCAAUCGUAAGACCAAUUCUACCGCCUGGCUCAUUUUCCGGUGCAAGUACGAGUACGGUUACGGAUGGAGCUCAGAAGUUGAUCGCGCUCAUCGACCCUCCCAGUGAUAAUAUUGAAAUGAUUAGGCGUGUAGCGACAUUACGAGGGUUGAGAGGCUUUGGUCUUCAAAAUCAUGGGCUUCACAAAGGGUCUUUGAUGAGCAAAGUCGAGCUUCACAAGGAUGUGCAGGAUUCAAAGGAUGGAAAGGUGCACAGAGGGGUGCAUUACUACAGGCGAUCUCGAGUCAAAGAGUCUGAUAGGCAAGUCGCCGAGAUUAACAUCAGUCAUGACGGCGAUUAUGCUGUCGCAAUGUGCAUGGCUUUCGAUCCACCAGGGACAACGAUCCGCGAGAAGACCAUUGUUGACCAGGGAGAGGGACUUCCCCUGCAUGAGCCGCAAUGGGGUGAUGAAGGAUGGGUUGAUUUGGUCAAACCAGGACUUGAAGGGGGCUCAUUUGGACUGAAGAAGGAACCGGCGUCGGACAUGCCAUUAGGUAAUCUGUUGGAUGAGCUUGAAUCACCACCAGAUCCAGACGCGUUCAAGAAGACAUUCAAAGAAGUCUUCGAGAACACCAACGUCCCUCCUCUACUAUGA